AUGAACACAGCCACCCAGGUUCUGUGGUGGAAAGUCGAGGGCGUAGGAAGGGCUGAAGUGGAUGCCACGGAUACCUUGAAGCGAUCCACGCAACUCAUCGUCAUUCUCGACCAGGUCCUCUCUUCUCAAACCUCACCGGCAGCCUCCGCUUCCGUGACGGCAAACCUAGUUCAGUCUGAACACGACAUAACCCACGGAUUGGCAUGCCUAAUAGACCUCUUCCUCUUCGCCGCUGCACGAAACACUAGUCUCAACUCACUAGAGCUCCUCGUAUCCUACCUCGUCGAACUAGCCAAACAACCCGAUGCUAUCAACGAAGGCCCCGAGCCCAAGGUAUGGGACGAAGGCGGAGGCGUCAUGCACGAUAUACCAUCCGGUGCGCCAAUCAUCAUAGAAGGAAAACAGCUAUGGAGUGAGUUACCGAUGUUAGGUUGGAACAUCACGGAAUGGUUUCAAGAGGUUGCGGCGGCUAAAUGGAAGGACAUAAACAAGCUGAUCGCGGUCAUCGCACGGAAUCCUGACGCCCAGGUUCUACCAUCACUCGCCGGUUACAUCAAUCUCUCUCGUAUAACUUUGUCCAUGGCACUGGAACAUAGUCUCAACACGCGGCUGGGCAAGAACACCGCGAUGCAUCUACCCGCCGCUGCGUUAUGGUUUUCGAUCGCGGGUGGGGAGCUAGAGAGGAUGUGUGAGGCCGGCGAGCAGAAAAUGGCUGCUGGAGAUGUUUGGGCAGAAAGAGUAAAGGAUAACGGGAGCGGAGACAGUGCGGUGGUUAAUAUGACCAGAUUACAGUUCUGGAAAGAGAGGUUGGCAGAGUUACAGCAGAUGUAA